GCGCCGCGCGGGGCGGGCGGGCGGCUCCGCCCACGUGCCGCCGCGGCGGGCGAGCACACAUCCCGCACGUAGCAGGCGUAUUAAACGGCGCGGGGCCAUCUGCCGCCCCCGGCGGUCCCUCCCAGCGUGCCGGCUCCCGAGCGGCGGGGCAGGUCGCGCACGUCGGCCAGGCGGCGGAGCGGGCUCCGGUGGCCCGCGCUGCCCGGCGGAGCGCGGCUCCCGCGGCGCCAUGCCCCUGGGGCACAUCAUGCGGCUGGACCUGGAGCGCAUAGCGCUGGAGUACGUGGUGCCCUGCUUGCACGACAUCGGCUUCUGCUACCUGGACAACUUCCUCGGGGAGGUGGUGGGCGACCGCGUGCUGGAGCGGGUGCAGCGGAUGCACCGCGACGGCGAGCUGGCCGACGGGCAGCUGGCCGGCCCCAGCCGCGGCGUCGCCAAGCGGCACCUCCGCGGCGACCAGAUCAAGUGGAUCGGGGGCACGGAGGAGGGCUGCGAGGCCAUCAGCUUCCUGCUGACGCUCAUAGACCGCCUGGUGAUGUACUGCGGGAGCCGCCUGGGCAAGUACUACGUGAAGGAGCGCUCCAAGGCUAUGGUCGCUUGCUAUCCUGGAAAUGGAACGGGGUACGUUCGUCAUGUGGACAAUCCGAACGGCGAUGGGCGCUGCAUCACCUGUAUUUAUUACCUGAAUAAGAACUGGGACUCCAAGCUGCAUGGUGGAAUCCUUCGGAUAUUCCCAGAAGGAAAGUCCUACGUAGCAGAUGUUGAGCCAAUUUUUGACAGAUUACUGUUUUUUUGGUCAGACCGAAGGAACCCCCACGAAGUGCAGCCUUCUUAUGCAACUAGAUAUGCCAUGACUGUGUGGUAUUUUGAUGCUGAAGAAAGAGCCGAAGCCAAAAAAAAGUUCAGGAACUUGAUUGAUGCAAGGAAGAGAGAAGCAGCUCUUAAUGAAGACUAAUCAACUCUUUCUGGACUCUUUAUGCGAAAUAAGAUCCCAAAGAUGACUUCCAUUUCCAGUGAACUGUGGCACGUUCUUGUUAAGCACAAGAAUACACUGGUUGUGUCUGUCUAGCAUGUGCAUCUUACCGUGAUGGUACUCAAGGCAGCCUCCUGUCAUGCCUGCAUCUGGCAGGAGGGAUCCUCGUUUUCUGUUUGCCUUUUGCUGGAAAAAGUAAACAGGGUUUUAAUUAAAAAAAAAAAAAAAAGAAAAAAAGAAAAAAGAAAAAAAAAUCUAAGCCUAGUUGUAGUGGCUCAGCCAACUGGCUUUUGAUCACUCUAGUAACCAAGAAGAUAAUUGUUGGAACUAGUGGGAAAAACAUGAGUCUUAUUUGCACUUUAUGGGGAGGUGGAAUCUAGUUCAAUGGGAAGGAGCUUUACAGGUUUAAAAUCUGUGGCAGGCUGCUGAUGGGCAAGGAGAGAUAUUGGAAAUGUGAAAAUAAACUGGCCUUUGUAGAGAGUCAUCUUCUGUUAUGCCCUGCAUGGGCCCAUCACUUUGCUGCACAAAACAUUGGCUUAGCUCUCCUAUUCCAUGACUUUCCAAACAGACUUUUGUCUUGCAUUUGCUGGAUUUUAUUCACUCUUCAAGUCAGGUUAAACUGUGCAGUUGCACUGCCCUUUCAGCCCUAACACUGAGGGGGAAGUAGUUAUGCAUCUGUCCACAGUUUUGUAAAAACGUUUCCUUUCUGUUCUGAACUGGAUGUUUUCUAUUUUCAGUUUAUUUGGUAAAACAGCUGGUUCCUCUCCAAAGUUUGGUAAACUUGGAAGGCUGAUGGCACACAAUGCAUUGGUCCUGAAGGCUGACAGUAUGUGGAGUUAAAUGUUAUUUUAAUACUUUCUCCAUCUACUCUAUUCUGUAUGACACAAAUGUGAAUCUGAGAGGCAGCCUGACAAAUGUUUGAUAAACAAUGAUCGACUUGGACGUGAUUUCUGUGCUGCUUAUCCUAGGUUCACACACUCUGUAACUUUGUUUGCAUGUGUAUGUAAUUUGAAUGAAACGGUGAUUCUGUUUCAACUGGUCUGUUACACCAGGUAACUACUUCUGUUGUGUUUGAGCAGUGAGAUAUACCAAGGAUUAGUUAGCUGAAUGACAUGUUUUUGUGACACAAAUGAGUUAUUCAAAUGCGCAUUUUCCCCCUCCCCUCCUUUUUUUUUUUUUUUUUUUUUUUUUUUUUUUUAACUUAUUAGACUCCAUGAGGAACUUGAGUUAUCUCCAGUCUGCCUAAGCUUCUGCUGCCAGCACUUACUACGCGGUUUGGAAUAGCUCUUCAUGAAGCUGAGAGCUAGCAGUGGAUGUAGUUACUACUCGCAGUGAUUAUUCUCAACCUAGUACUCUCACUGUAGACACUUGCCCUUGCAUUUGUUUUUAUCCCGUGUUGUCCAUGUGUGCCAGUCCUUACCAUCUAUUUCAGAUACGCCCUCUCCACUGUCCUGGUUUUUUUUUUUCCUUCUGUGCCACCUACCCACAACAGCCAAGCUGUAUGGUCUGUCUGCCCUGCUUGUCAUCGCACUGAGCAGGGCUGUCGUGCCACCAAGGGACCUGAGAGCCACCUCUGAGCAGGGCUGUCAUGCCACCUCUGUUGCAUGGGAGCCAGGGGAUGAAAAAGUAAAACAGGCAAUGGCAACCUGUUAAACAUCAGCAACAGAUGGGUAACAACUAUAUGAGACAGAAAAGAAACAACUUUCCUGACCUAAAAUAUGGUAAGAGAAAUGGAGGACUUCUUAAGAAGUUUUGUCCCUCAGAAUAAAGAGGGGCAUCCUUUAGUUCUUUUUUCUUGAAUUUUGAAUGUAAAUACACUAGUUCUGACUUCUCCCAGAGAUCCAGCUAUGGCAGUUUGGAUAAGACUUUAGCCUGACCACUGUGUACCUUAAGAGAGGAAUAUGAGGGAACAUGUGUGACAGAUUUAUUUUUAUGACUUGAAACUAGACCAAUAAUCUGGUAAUUUUCCUUUUAUGUUCAAAAGAAAGAACAUUGUUCCACUAUGGAUAUAGCUAAAUAGCACAACAUAAACUUGAAGAAAAUGUAAUGAUAACUUGAAAUUCUCAUUCUUCAAUGUUUGUGUGGGAGGAGAAAAAGAAAAAGUUAGAUUAUUUACCCAAGAGCAAGCAGUAACCCAGGAAAGGUGGUAGCGUGUGAAUACUCCAUGAAGGGCAGCUGCAGUGAUACUAUUUAAAAGGGGGGAAAAAUCCCAACCUGUUUUAUUGCUAUGCAAAAUUGGUAAUGACAUGUACAUUUUAAAAACUAUAAGGUUUUAAAAGAGGAAAAGACAAUUAAAGCAAACCAAGUCUUGGUUUGUCUUUGGAAAGUGUAAACUUAGUGCACUAGAAAGAUAGGUUAGUACAGAUCUCAUCGAAGCCUCGAACAAGGGAUAAAUGAUGGGGCAGGAGGGGAAAGGAUUUAAUAUAAAGUUUGGAAAAGAGGUAUUUUGGUUACCACUCUUGCUACUGAUCUGGCAUCAGAAGUGGUCAGCAAGACAUUUGACAUAUGGAGCAUGGAACAGUAUAGAUGCAUUUAUUGUAAAUAAAGUAUAUAUUCUCAUUUUUUUGCCUGUAUCUUCCUGAUCUAGAUAAGAGGACUGAAAGCAGUUCCUCUGUGGCAGAGAACAUUUCUGUCAUCUUUGUUAACAUUUAUAAUUAAACAUCAAGGAGCUGAGGGCACAGGAUUUUGAAGCCAGUUCCUCUGCCUCCAUUCCAGAUCUUUACCCGAUUUCCAGAUCAGUGGGAAGAUCUCUUUGGACACAUUUUUAAGUUGAUUUUUGAAGGGGGGGGUGGGAAUAUUUGGACAUGUAGGAAUCCACAAUUUUGAUGUUUUAUACAUAGAUUUUUGUUUACCAGUCUUUGAAAUGUUGCAGGCCACUCUCUGAAGUUAUCUUAAGACCUGCGGGCAGCAGAGCGCUUCAGUACAGGGGGGCGUUCCGGGGCGAUUCCUUCCAGCUUUGGGGUUUUGUGUCUUCCUAGCGAGCAUUUGAAACAUCUGUGGCUAAGCAGCACUUGUCACUCAGUUGGGAAAGACUGCUCUACGUGCCUUCACUCGUAGCUAUGAAGCUGUUAUAUGCCAAAUGUGCAUGUCAUGCAAGUUUUUCAUGGCUCUUUAAGAAAUAAGGUUGCAUUUCCAAAUGCAGUUGCGUGUCAAACUAGGGAGCCCUGAAAGUUUUGCAGAGCCACCAAGCCGCAGUUUCCAAACGCAGCCUUUGUUGUGUGGGAGGAAAAAGGGCAGGAGGCAGCACAGAAAAUCAAGAGACUAUUUGUAUUCCUAAACCUGUAACCACAGGCUUGCUGGCCUUUUGAGCAAAAUAGCCUCUAAUAAAUCCUAUUUUCUGUAGCUUGCUUUUGGUUCUGUGAUGAAUGGCCUCUGCAAAGUAGCACCUGAGAAGAUCUGAUCUGUUUUUCCUUGUAUCUUUAAACAGCUUUAGUCCAUUCCUGUUGAGUUUUUAAGAUGUUGGAAUGUAUUAUACAUUUUUGUUGUUGCAAAAUGGCCGGCUCUAACACCACUCGCAUCUAGGAGAAAAUGUAUCUAUUUGCAGGCAAAUAACUAGUUUUAUUUUGACGGUGAUGUACUCCCAGCAGCUCCCCGAGCGAGUUACGACUGCAUCUCCUCUUGUCAGGUUGUAUGCUGGUCAACAACGCUGGCACGUCGCAGCGGGUUGUUACGGAGACGCGUAAUCGUGCUUUACCACCACACUUCUGUUCUUGUUACUUAAAUAAAAAAAAAAAGAGAAAAAGAGGAAAAAAAAAGAGUAAAAAUGCCGCAGGAGUCAAUAAACACUGGGUCAUGUUAACCGUC